CCUCUAUAUAAAAGUUCCACGUUUUCCUGCGAUAUUUUAAAGGAUUUUUUUUGCUGUUGUGAAAUUUCUAAAGAGAAUUUUUCGUUUUUCAGGCCAACCUUGUGGUUCCUCACUAGCACCUUUUCACAAACAAAGCGACGUGUUUCUAUGCAACCACUUGUUCCCUUCAGAGCAUAUCCUUUACACGGCAAAUAAACUUUUAAUUAUAAAGCUGCAGGAAUCUCCUGAGAAGUCAAUUUUAAAUCUAAUGUGGUUGCGACCAAAAAAUGUCAUUUUACAAAAAAGGCACCAGAAACCGCGGACGCGUACGGCUGCUAAAAUGAAUCUCUCGACCGCAAAUUAACUGCUGAUUUUGACAUAAAAUUAACACCCCUAACACGAAACGAAAUUAAAAAGCUUGACAAUAAACAAGCGAUAAGCAUUCUCAAUCAACAUGCACCUGUUCGCAUUCAAAUCAAAGAUGCAAAAUUUUGCUCUGAAUCAAUAAGAAAACAUUUGGUUUCCUUGACAUUGAACAGCGUCUUCAUUACGCAUUGAGCACAGGUCUCGCACCUUUGAUAUAAGCUCGUGGUAAAUUCCUUUAAGUGAUUAACCAGUCCAGGUGAACAAAUGCUAAAUUAGAAAACUCGGUAAACAUCACUGAGGAAACAGCAGUUUCAAGUCAUUACUUCGUUCACGCGUCGAUCGAUGAGUUAGAAAGAUUGCAGCUCCGUUUAAAAUGGCCACAGCAGAACAAGAAAUACUUUCUCUUGAGCUGCAGGAACGCAAAGAUGGUUUACUUGUGUUGGAAAGUGGUUUAAUGAUGAUCAUCAACUUUCUGGCCUUCACUGGUAACGUGAUGGUUUGCUGGGCUGUAUACCGUAACCAAAGACUUCGCACUUUACCAAACAUCUAUGUAGUGACCUUGGCCAUAUCAGAUGCUCUCAUGGCGGUCCUGUGCAUGCCUAUGUCUGUAGUUCUUCUCGUUACAGGCCAGUGGCCAUUCGGCGAGUCUGCCUGCCAUUUCCAGGGAUUUUUUUGUUUCUUCUUUGCGCUUUACUCUUUGCUACUCAUGACUGCAACCGCAGUGAACCGAUAUUUUCACGUGGUGAAACCAAAUCUUUACCGUAAGCAUUUCAAAGUCAGAUCCACUUUUCUUUCCGUCAUUGUUAUUACACUUUUCGCUGCUCUCGGUGCGGGGCUUUCAUCGAUGGCUCAAUGGGCGACAUUUAUCGUACAUUACGGUAAAGUUAUCUGUUUUAUGAACUUCAAAUCCCCGGAACUUGACAUGGGUUACAUCGCAUAUUUAGAUGUGUUUUACAUCGCUAUUCCUAUCGGAAUUAUUUCCUUCGCGUAUUACAACAUUUUUAACACUAUCAAAAAACACAAUCAAGAGAUGAACAACGCGAGAAGAGGAUCGAUUCUUCCCUUGAACGUGGAAGAAGUGAAAAUAACAAAGGUACUAUUUGCAUCUGUACUGGGCUUCAUUCUUUGCUGGGGACCUAUCGCUGUUAUAGACCAAGUUGAUUCGUACACGGGGCAAAAAGCCGUUAUUCCACGGCAGGUCUUCUUGUUAUACAUAUAUCUCGGCUUUGGAAGUUGCUCCCUCAACCCUUUCAUAUAUGGCGUCAUGAAUAAAGCCUUCAGAUCGGAGUUCCUGCGAGUGCUAGCUUUCUGGAGGAAAAACAGGGAGGUUGUUCCAAAUGACACUUUAAGCGAGCGCCAAACAGCGGUUUCAAAGUGACACGAUAAAACGUACCGAGGGAGUUUGAUAUUAAGAAAUUACGUUUUUGAACGAUGCUAUUGACGAAAAUAAUUAUUUUAACUGCCGCUUUCAAAUGCAUUUCCAAAGACGACAUAUACAUUAAAUAAUUUAUAAAAAGUAUACUGACCGUAGAAACGUAAAAACAAAGAUAUAUUGCUUUACUGUGUACUUGUUUAUUGGCAUGUUUACGUUACAGCUAUUCCUUUUGUUUGUUUAAAGAUUUCCUCUCUUAGUUUUAUGUAAUCGAAAGCUGCUUGAGCUAUCUGUAUUAGCAAAGAAUAAGCAAAAAAUGAAAGGAAAAAAACCGGCUGAUAGUAUAUAACUAUUACAGAGCGAACGACUUAAACCAUUACGUUACAAUGAUAGAUACCUGCGCACAUUUCACAAAGUAAGAAUAAGUGACCAUUAUUCCAGUGAAUUAUUUGCCUCCUAUCUCUGUAAACUCUUAUUUCGUCAACGAGGAAAGAUAUUUGCAGGGUUCGUUUAGUUCUGGCGGGCAUCGUUAUUCCACUUCCCCUUAACAAUCAAUCUGUUCAAACCGGGAUAAUCAAGGUUGGAUUUAAAUUUUACUAUUGUAAAUAGCUAUA